UAAAAAAAAAAGGAAAAAAAAGAAGAGAUUAGGUGCACUUGCCGUCGAUGAUAUUUAUGUUUGUGGUCUUGAUUCAUGUGUUCCUGCAUUUUGCAUUAAAUUGCACCACUUCAUCGCUACUUUCACUUUGUUUCAGGAAGGUAAAUGUCAAACGUGAGCGGUACUGACCGGAAAAUGGCAUUUGAGAAGAGCAAGAUACUGAUAUUUGGAGCGACAGGAUAUCUGGGAACGUACCUGGUAAAGGCAAGCAUUUCCAUGGGCCAUGACACCAAUGCCUACACUCGCCCUCUCAAACCAAACGACAACAACUCUUCCAAGCUCCAACGUCUGAGGGAAUUUGAGUCCAUGGGAGUCAACCUUUUCCAGGAAAAUAUUUUCUUUAAUUUCCGGCGAGCUGGAUGACCAUGAAAAACUAGUUUCGGUGCUUCGACAAGUAGAGGUCGUCAUCUCUGCAAUUCCAAUCCCUCAAUACCUUAAGCAACUCAAUAUUAUACAAGCCAUGAAAGAUGCUGGCACCAUCAAGGUUA